CAACUCAGGUGGAGAGGAGCAUCCUGACCCACGAGAUGGAGCGCACAGAGCACGAACAAUAUCUGAAACUCAUCAACACCGUCGCACACAGUGAUUCCGUGGCCAGUCGCUUCGCCAAGCCGAUUGUCCCGCCGCUGGAGCUCCAUGUUGCGGGGCAACCAGCCUCGCCCAUUGCAGCAGCCGCAGCUGCGCGAGAACAGUGUGUCGGAGUACGCCAGAUUGAUCAACAGCGGGGCGGCCCAACAGGGCUCAGUACCGCCUGUACCGCAGCUAAUGCGCAUGGAUAGCUCUCCCGACAUUGCCGGCAGCCAUGCGUCCACCAUUUCUAGUAGCGACGGCAGCAACGAGAGUGGCAGCGAACACUCCAGUAGCAGCUCCAAUUCCUCAGUUACUGCCACCGAUGACAACUCGCCUGAGAAGAAACACAAACACACCAAUCACAUUGGGUCUGCAAAAUCGCUUCGCACUAAAACCACCAGGCUCUCUGUGACCGAUGCCCUGCAUCGUCGCUUCGCCAGCUGCAUCUACCUCAAAGAUGACUUUGUGGAGCAAUUCAAAGCGAAGGCGGCUCGCAUGCGAGAGGAAUCUGAGCACCGUCGGGAACUGGCAGUUGAAGAAGCAAAUCGCAGCACUGAGGAACGCCGUGCGUACGAGUAUAAACUGCGGGAGAACAUAUUCCAGUAUCGUAUUCCCCACAGGCCGAUUUUUGUCAUUGGAGCGCGGGACACACCGCUUGAGAGGAAGGAAACAAAGCUCAUAUAUUCUCCAAGGAUGUGAUCCCACUCUUCUUGAAGUGUCGCCGAAGUCACUCCUGGUAGUGUCGCCGAAGUGACUCCGAGAAGUGCCGCCGAAGUGGCACAUUUCUUCCCGACGGGAGUGACUUCCGCGAUCCGAAUGCGAUAUCGCCGAAGUCACUUCUGGAAGUUACUUAGAAGUGACUUAACAGACGCUUGUAAAAGAUACCAGAAGGGCCUUUCCCCAUUGGGAAUCUUGGAAAUCUUGAAUAAAAAAACUUGUUUUUACAUGUUAGGCAA